AUGUGGCUAUUUAUUAUCGCUGUGUUAUUUGGCUACAUUUUACAACAAGAAUUUAUUGAAAGUUGGCCUGAUCCACGUUUACGUUCAAAAGGUGCCAUUUGGCCACAACCACAAUAUGUUACAACAAUUGACAAAUUGAUGGCAGUUAAUUUACAAGCGUUUACUUUCGUGUCAACCGUUGGUGAAUGUGAAAUUAUCGAUAAAGCUAUAACACGUUAUCGUAAACGUUUAAAUGGUAAAAUACGAUUUAAUGAAUCAAAAAAUAUUAAGCAACAAAAUAUCGAAGUAACGGUUGAUGAGGUCCUUAGCAAUUUAACAAUAAUAGUAGAAGAAGGGUGUACCAAUCGAUUUCCACAAUUUGGUAUGGAUGAAAGUUACAAAUUAAACAUUACAAAUUGUUGUGCCACUUUGACAGCUAAUCAGGUUUGGGGUGCUCUAAGAGGGAUAGAAUCAUUUGUGCAACUGUUUUUCGAUGAAAAUACUAAAAUACACAAAGUUCUCAUCCACGAUUUUCCACGUUUUUUACAUCGCGGAAUUUUGUUGGAUACAGCCAGGCAUUAUUUAUCGGUUGAUGUUAUCAAAGCAAAUAUUGAGCUGAUGGCGCAGAAUAAAUUUAACACAUUUCAUUGGCAUAUUGUUGAUAUUGAAUCAUUCCCGUAUAAAUCUGAAGUUAUACCUGAAUUAAUCCAAGGAGCUUAUACGCCAAAUCAUGUUUAUACAUUAUCACAGAUUAAGGAUAUAAUAAACUACGCUCGAUUACGUGGUAUACGUGUACUACCAGAAUUCGAUACACCGGGACAUACGAAAUCAUGGGGUAUUGGUGUAAAAGAUCUUCUAACAAAGUGUUAUCAUUCAAAUGGUUCGAUAUAUGAAAAUUUUGAGAAUUUAAUCGAUCCAACAAAUUCGAAUACGUGGGAUGUAUUAAGCGCGCUAUUUCAGGAAAUUUUUUCAACAUUUCCAGAAAAUUUUAUUCAUCUUGGUGGCGAUGAAGCCGAAUAUUGGUUUACGGAAUGUUGGAUAUCAAAUCCGACUAUUAUUCGUUUUAUGGAGAUUUAUGGACUUAAAGAUGGCCAUAGCAUUCAAGCAUGGUACUUCAGAAAACUUAUUUCUCUUCUUCAUUCACUGAAGAAUGGUAAAAACAAAAAGUUUCUUUUAUGGCAAGAAGCAAUAAUAAAUGGAGCAAAUUUAACAAUAAAUGGAACAACAAAUGAUCAUCUAAUUGCUCACAUUUGGAAAAGUAUAAAAGAUAUCGAAUAUACGACAAAAAUGGGAUAUUAUGCAAUCUUAUCAUCUUGUUGGUAUCUCGAUUCAAUCUCAUCUACCGCUGAUUGGAAAUCAUACUACAAUUGUGAUCCACAGGAAUUCGGUGGUAGCGAAGAGCAAAAACAUCUUGUGAUAGGCGGUGAAGCAGCACUUUGGGGUGAAUGGGUUGAUGAAAGUAACGUGAUACCACGAUUAUGGCCACGUGCAAGUGCCGUUGGAGAACGUUUAUGGAGUUCGGUUGAAACGAAAAGUAUUGAAAAAGCAUGGCCAAGAUUGUAUGAAAUGCAAUGCCGAAUGGCAGCACAAGGAUAUCCAGUACAACCGGCUGAAGGACCAGGAUACUGUGAACAUGAAUACUUGUUUCAAUUACCUCUUUAUGAGUAA